AUGUUGAACCCUUGGGCCUUACCACUGCUGCUCCUUCCAGCUUCCUCGAUAGCUCGGGAGAUUGUGUUCCCUCCAAUAUCACCGCUGCAGGCAAACCUUGGAAGCCAUGCAAGCCAAUAUCGGUCGCCCGUCGCCUCGGGCAAGGAUCUUCCGACCGAGUUCGAGAAAUACUCGGGACUAACCACCUUUGCAAACCUCCCUUGGGUACAUUGCUUAUCGCCAGAUGACAAUGUAGACAAGUAUGAUAUUGCCUUUCUGGGGGCUCCUUUUGACACAGGCACGACCGCUCGACCGGGGGCACGAUUUGGUCCCAGUGGAAUCAGAUGGGGUUCUAGACGAAUGCAAGCUGGGGCUGGAUGGGAUCCGUACACCCACGAAAACACAUUCCUGGGCUGGGCGCGCAUCGUGGACUGCGGCGAUGCUCCGUUGACCUUCCUGGACAAUACCGUAGCCUUGCAGCAGCUUGAAAAGGCGCACAAGGUGGCUUCUGGCCGGAUAGCCAAUACCACAGAAGUGGCCGAUGUCCCUCGAAUCAUAACGCUGGGAGGCGACCACACGACCACCUUGGCGGCACUGCGUUCGACCAUCAACCACUGGGGUCCUGUCAGUAUCAUCCAUUUUGACAGCCAUAUAGAUACCUGGGGUAUGCUCGCAGCUAUUCUUUUGUCUCAUGGUCAAUCAACCGACGAGGAUCCAAAAGUUCUUGGUGGAGGAAUAUCGCAUUAUGCCGGGCUCAAUCAUGGCACUUUCCUCCACAUUGCGCACGAAGAAGGCCUUAUUCUCAAUACUUCAGCACAUGCUGGAAUCCGAGCCCCCGUCAUGAACAAGAAAUCCGACUGGCAAAACGACAAACGGUGCGGCUUCGAGAUCAUAACCGCCAGGGAUAUCGACAAAAUCGGUGUUUCCGGUAUUAUUGACAAGCUCAAAGCCCGAGUGGGCGACACGAAUGUCUACAUCUCUGUCGACAUUGACGUCUUGGACCCGGCAUAUGCUCCAGCCACGGGGACGGCUGAGGUGGGUGGCUGGACGACUCGAGAGCUCCUCAGCAUCCUGGAUGGCCUUGAAGGUCUGAGGGUCAUUGGAGCCGACGUUGUGGAGGUUGCUCCAAUAUACGAUAACCCUGGAGAGACGACUGUCCUCGCCGCUGGGGAGGUGGCUCACCGCCUCAUGAGUCUGAUGGUCGAGACCCCGGUGAAGCCACAGGAGAAGAAAUGA